AUGAAUCUUAAAAAUUUGGAAGAAUCUAAUAGUGAACUGCUGAAAAGCAUGGAUAUAUUUAGAAAAAUUGAAGAUAUUUUAGCAAAUAUUCCUGGUCCAAAUGGUAAAAAAGUUAAAGAAAAAUUUAUGUAUUUAAUUGAAAAAAAUGAAGAGUAUAAAGCUUUAAAGUCUUACUAUGAAGUCAUGCCAGAUAAAACAAAUGUUAAUUUAGAUAUAACGCCUACUUUAUUAAAUUAUUUUUAA